AUGCAAAAUAUUCAAUUGGUUCGAGAAUUACAUAGAGCUGGCCACUAUAUCAUAAUUCAAACAGCUCGUCGAAUGAAGACUCGUGAAGGCAAUGCUGGUGCAGUCAUUGCUGAUAUUGGACAAGUAACACUCGAAACAUUGGCUGAAUUCGACAUACCAUAUGAUGAGCUGCUGUUCGGAAAACCAUAUGCUGAUGUUUAUGUUGACGAUUCGGCUAUUCAUGCUUUGAUUGAUACGACAAAAGAGAUUGGUUGGUCACUUGAUAAUACUCUAUGCGCGUCUCGAAAUCAAAAGCAAAGAAAAGGCUUUAUUUGCUCUCGGCAUUUUAACAUAGUUCAACAGUUAGAUAAUUCAAUUAUCAAAAGUUCUGCAAUCGACUGUCUUCAAGGUGAAAUUUACUUUUAUCAAAAUAUUCCGCCAUUGAUUGUGAACUUAUUUCCACAGCUAGAAGGUAUUGAAACAAACAAAGAUGCUGGUAUUACAUCCAUAAUUAUAGAAAAGAUCAAUGGUAUUACUUAUUCACAUUUGUUCACAAAUUUGUGUUUGACCGAAGGUCGAUUAUUAAAAUUUCUAUCAUCAUUAAAACGUAUUCACUCGUCAUUGCCGAUGGAACUUACGCAACUAAAAUCAAAUAUUUAUGCAAAUUAUUCCAGCAAAAUUUUAUCGCGCUACAAUCAAUAUAUUGACAUAUAUAUAAAUCUGGACGAAUAUUUUAAAGAUAAUUUCGAAUCAUCAAUGAUCCCGUCAAAAGAAUUUGUCGAUUAUUUCAUUAAGUAUUUCACUGAAUAUGAAAGGUCUAAACGUGGUCAACAUAAUCCAAUUAUUCAUGGUGAUCCAGUCUUCAGUAAUGCUUUAUUAACACAAGAUAGUCGGGUAGUCUUUUUAGAUAUGCGAGGAUCUUUAGGGUCAGAAUUAACUUUACAAGGUGAUUUGAAUUAUGAUUUAGCAAAAGUAUAUCAAUCACUAAGUGGAUAUGAUUUCAUUUUAUUGAACAAAGUCGAUUUACUUUCAACAACGAUAGUGGAAACAUAUCUCUCGCAACUCGUUCGAACAUUUGAGAAUUUUGUUUCGAGAGAAUAUUCAAAUGUUGCCAGUUCAGCUGAUUUAAAAAUCAUUACAGCGCAAUUAUACUUCACCUUGAUACCACUGCACAAUACUUUCGAACAUCAAAUACAGUUUUAUAAACUUGCAAUAAAACUAUAUCAUGACAGUACGUUAGAAAAUAUUCAUUAUACCAAACUGAACGAAUAA